AAUCUUUGCUCUAAAUAUUUAAAGCUCGCCUCAUUUUCUUCCUUCCCUGUCUUAGCAGUUUAUCUUCUUCCUCCGGGAUUCCAUUAUAAACCCCCCCCCUCCAGUCUUAUUCCAACCCAUUCCAUUAGCCUCUGUGAGCGAACAAAAUUGCACUCUCCACCAUGGGUGAUAACAACCAAGUCACCACCCUGAGCAAUGAACCCGCUGCCAGCGAUAAGGGGAAGGGCAAGGCUGCACAGGAUCCUACCGUUAUGGAUGUGAGCAUGGAUGAAGGUGAAAGUGAUGAGAGUGAAAAUGAAGACAUUAUGGAAGUUGACUAUGAGGAGGAUGGCGACAACCUCGAGCCAAUCUCUGCCGACAACAUCAUUGAUGGUGGGCGACGGACUCGCGGAAAGUCCAUCGACUUCCAGAAGGCCGCGGAAAAGCUGAAGGAUGAUGAGGGUGACGAUGACGAAGAUGAUGAAGACUUUGCGCCUGAUGACAAUGACGACAGCAUGCGCGACUGAACUAGAUCAUGAUAUGGUUCAUAAAACAUCUUGGGAAUGGAGGUUAGUGAUUGGCGCAGGUUCAUUGUUUUUUGUUUCUUGAUUCAGAUACUUGUCAUGUCAACCAUGUUCUUUUGUCCGCCUCCCUCGUUCGUUCGUUCUUUUUUUUUUAAAGAAAAAGGAAAAGAGAGGAGGCGAAGUGGGAGAAAAAAGAAAAAGGAAGAAAGCAAAAAAACCGCCGCCCUUGGCGGGACUGGGCGUAACAAACAUUCGAUAAUUACUGCUAUCUCUGCGAUAACCCUUUUCUGAUCUGAAUCAAUUGCUUGGCCGCUUGGCCCUACUCUAGCAAUUUCAAUUUCCCAUUAGCUACUACAAUCCUAAUAAUAUACUACUAUGUACUCUUGGUAAAGUGAUAUUGCGUGGGUUCUCCGCUAAGGAAGACUUGAGCUUCAUAUAAAUACCGCAAUC